AUGUGUCCUCCUCCAUCAAAGGUUAAGACGAAAGGUGCCCUGAAGAAAGUAAUGAAAAGAAGCAAAAGAUCGACAAAGCGUGAUCCAUCUUAUUGGGAGUAUGUUGAUGCUUAUCAUUCGGUUCAAAACAGCAACACCUCAGACAGACCCAGUGCAUCAUCUUUUGAACCACUGAAGCCAGCAAGGAUGAUCCCGAUGUUAGAUCAAUUUGUGCCAUUUAUGCAUGGUUUCAUUGAGGACGUUGUUGAUGUGAAAGCGAAUGGUAAUUGUGGAUAUCGGUCAGUUUCCGCUUUGUUAGGUAUGGGAGAAGAAUGUUGGGUCGUGAUGCGUAACGAAUUGAUUAAAGAACUUGGCAAAUGGUCACAAGACUACAUAAAGAUUUUUGGUGGCACGGAGAGAUAUGAACAGUUGAGGUUGUCCCUACACGUGGAUGGGUUAUCCAAGGUUUAUCUGAAAGAUCGUUGUCCCUUACCGCCUAUGGUGUUGUUAUGGUCAAGCAAUUUGUAUCUGGAGGCAAAACAGUGGCCAACUGCAUAUGCAGGUAGAAUGCAGCACUCUUAA